GCGAGACAUGCCGCGAUGGAAGAGGAGGAGUCGGGCGCGCCGGCGGCGGGUGCUGCUUCGGGAGGAGGAGGAAGUGUCAUGGCGGCGGCGUUGGGUUCCGGACCUGGCGCGAGUUCGGGGUCGCGCGGACCUGGCGGAGGCGGCCUAGGAAGUUCGCGCUGGUUUUUCAGCCGGGAGCGGUUGGAGAACACGCCGUCGCGCCACUGCGGCGUCGAGGCCGACAAAGAGCUCUCUUACCGGCAGCAGGCGGCCAAUCUCAUCCAGGAUAUGGGCCAGCGCCUCAACGUAUCUCAACUUACAAUAAACACCGCAAUUGUUUAUAUGCACAGGUUUUAUAUGCACCAUUCAUUCACAAAAUUCAAUAGAAAUAUCAUCUCUCCUACUGCAUUAUUUUUGGCUGCGAAAGUAGAAGAACAACCACGGAAACUUGAACACGUUAUCAAAGUAGCACAUGCUUGCCUUCAUCCUCUAGAGCCCCAGCUGGACACAAAGUGUGAUGCAUAUCUUCAGCAGGCCCAGGAAUUGGUUAUACUUGAAACAAUAAUGCUUCAAACUUUAGGUUUUGAGAUUACCAUUGAGCAUCCACAUACAGAUGUUGUGAAAUGUACCCAGUUAGUGAGAGCAAGCAAGGAUUUGGCACAGACAUCCUAUUUCAUGGCUACCAACAGUCUACACCUUACUACAUUUUGUCUUCAGUACAAGCCAACUGUGAUAGCAUGUGUAUGUAUACAUUUGGCAUGCAAGUGGUCUAACUGGGAAAUCCCUGUAUCAACUGAUGGAAAACAUUGGUGGGAAUAUGUAGAUGCUUCUGUAACUUUAGAAUUACUUGAUGAGCUAACUCACGAAUUUCUUCAGAUACUGGAGAAAACUCCUAGCAGACUAAAGAGAAUUCGAAAUUGGAGGGCUAAUCAGCAGGCUGCUAAGAAACCUAAAGGAGAUGGCCAGGCAUCUGAAAACUCUCUUCUCGGCUCCUCUUUGGUUCAGAAUUCCAUUUUGGUGGAUGCUGUUGCUGGUAUAUCUGCAAAUGCAAGUUUCCAGAAACCAUCAGCGUCCACAUUUCCUGCCCCAGUUCCUUUGAACUCAGGAAAUAUGUCUCUUCAAGAUAGUCAAGAUAAUCUGGCAAUAUUAGCUGCAGGAAUGCCAGGUACCUCAUAUAAUUUGUCAACACACCAAGAAUGGCCUCAACACCAAGAGCAAACGAGGACAGAACAGUUGUAUUCUCAGAAACAGGAGACUUCAUUGCCGGGCGCUCAGUUCAAUAUCAACUAUCCGCCGAGCUCUUCGUUGCAGUUGCAUUCCGGAUUGCAUCAUCGAGCCGACAAACUCUCUGAGCACUCUCUGGUCCACAAAGUGGGAAACAAACACGGGCAGAUUGCUCCUGCCCCUGCGAUAAUGCCUCAGAAAAUGUCCCUGGAUAAAUACAGAGAGAAACGUAAGCUAGAAACCUUAGAACUGGAUAUCCGAGAACACUACAUGGCAUCCGAGCCUCCAUAUAAAAAGCACACCCAACCCCAAACAGCCAAUAGCAGUUCCGUAACUUCCCCUAUUAAAAUGAAAAUUCCCAUUGGGGGUGCAGAAAAACCUGAGAAAUACAUGCCAGACAAAAAAGACAAAAGUGGCUCGCUCAAGCUGCGAAUACCCAUUCCUCCCACCGAAAAGAAUGCCACUAAAGAAGACCUGAAAAUGAAAAUCAAAGUCUCGUCCUCAGAGAGGCACAGCUCGUCGGAUGAAGGAAGUGGGAAAAGCAAGCACUCGAGUCCCCAUGUUAGCAAGGAAAAGCACAAGGAACAUUCCAUGAACCGUCACCACGGUGGCAGUCAUAAGCAUAGUGGCGGCGGUAAACAUGGUAGUGAUGGAUUAACCCCAGCUGUUCUGAGGAGUCCUGUUGGUUUGAGCUCCGAUGGCAGCGUCUCUAGUUCCGGCUCUUCAAGAAAGAAGCUCUUCAGCAAUGAUGCUUCUCACAACCAUCAUUCCAAAAUGAGCAAAAGUUCCAAAAGUUCAGGUAGUUCAUCUAGUUCUUCCUCUGUUAAGCAGUAUGUAUCCUCUCUCAACUCUGUUUUUAACCUUCCCUUACCCCCUCCUCCCCAUGUCACAUACCAGGUGGGCUACGGACAUCUCAGCACCCUCGUGAAACUGGACAAGAACCCAGUGGAGAACGGUCCUGAUGCCAGUCACGAGUACAGUACAAACAGCCAGCAUAUGGACUACAAAGACACAUUCGACAUGCUGGAUUCACUGUUAAGUGCCCAAGGAAUGAAUAUGUAAUCAGUUGUUUAGAUUCCUUUUCCCUUUUCUUAAUUUAAGAAUAUUAGACAGAAAAAAAAUCAUCAUCUAAGAAGAGCAAAUCCAGCAGCUGUUGUCCACUUUAUAUAUAGAUAUAGAUAGAUAUAUAUAUGUAAUUUAUACAUAUAUAUAUGUAUAUAUAUAUAUAAGUAUGUGCUGCUUUAUCUUUCACUCUGAAGAGAUUAGUAAAUGAGCCUGUCUCCACAUAAUGAUAGUGUUAUAAAUACUCUAAUGAUACAGAAGGUGCAAAAUCACAGUAUUUCCACAACCACAGUUAAGAACAGUAGAUUAAAUGGCUGCUUUUUUUAGCUGUAUGGAAUGCCUCUUGCAUUAUUUAUAAUUGAACUAUGCCAGCCACGAUUUUUGUUGCUUAGUGAAUGAAUGAGUGUAAACUUUUUUUUUUUUUUGGUGUAUUUAUACUGUAUGUAUGAUUUGCAUGUUUCAAAGAAGGGAUAUAUAAAGUAUACUGACGAUGUUUACAACAAAAAAGUGGAGAGAUUGUACAUACAUUUUUGUAUGUUUAGAUAUACCAUAAAUAACUCAGGAUUGGAGCUGCUUGUAAGUAUAACCAGUGUACCUAACUUUUUCCCUUGUGUCAGCAUCGAUAAGGAAGAAACUUCAGUGGCACUUCAUGUUAAACGUUGGGCCUUAUUUGGGAGCCACUUCCUGAGCGCCAUCCACUGCCUGGGGAAUCAUGUGCUGGUGGGAAGUGGAUGAACAACCCUGGCAGGAGGACCCCUGCCACGCAAUGUGAAAAUGGCAUGGGCCUCAAUUUGUCAUAAACCAGUCGAGUGCUGAAAUGUCAGUAACUUUCAGAAGGGGGAAUGAAAAUAAUAAAAAAAGUUUAUAUAUAAUCUUUUGACGUGAAAGUGCAUUUAAAUGUUUGGCUUGAUGCAGUAAUAGACACACAGAGCUGUUAAUAAUGGUUACAUAGAUUAACGUGAUUUAAGAGCUGAAAUACAUAAAACUUCUGUAGUGACAUUAGUAUGUUUUUUGUUUUGUUUUUUAAAGAAAACUUAAGUUAUUAGUGGACAGGGAUCACUGUUUUCCAUUAGCAUUUCAUACAGAACGCCACAUUUUGAAUUUAAAAAGUGUGCUAUGUGAAUAAAAUGCCAUUUCUUUUACAGGUGGAAUAUUAUCUUUGCAAUAAAUAAGUACAAUUGUUGGUAUACCAACUUCUCUCUUAUCUCGGACAAUAAAAUAAUUGUCACGUGUGCUACAUGAAUUGUACUCGUGAUUGUAGUAACGAAAAUGGAGGUUGUUUUUUCAGAUCUGAAUAAUCACUCUCCAAUUAAACCACUAGUAUACAUUUUUAUGGCUGUGUCAUAUUACUGUUUUCAUUCACCUGCCUUUUUUUAAAAAAACAAAUUACUGUUGUAAAUGUUGAUGAAUUCUUGUUCCAAGCUGAUGUCCCAUUUUUACCAGCUGUGACUCUUAAGUGCAUGGAAAUUACCUCAGCGUAAAUUCAGUACAGUAGCAACUGUUACUUACUGGGUGUAAAAUCUAAAAGAUUUUGUUAAGUUAUCCUCAUAUCUGAGAGGGAUCCACUAUUUGGUAAAAUCAGUUCUUGCACAGUUUAUGCUCUAAUUGGUUACAAACAUUUCAGAAAAAGUCUGAAGUUUUAAGCCCUUUAGCUACAUUAAAAGUGCUUUAGAUAAUUGUUGAGCAUGUAUCCAAUUAGUGGUUACAAUAUAAUGUAACUACUGUUGCAUCAAUUACUAUGUAAUAUUUAGUUGCCGGUAAUGCAAAACUUUGUACUGCAUACUUGAAUACAUUUAUUUGAAUUAUGGGUGUCUUUUUAAUACUUUAACAUGGGCACUAUGAAUAAUGUAUCUUCAAAUUUUAAUCUCCUUAGCUCUUCAGUCUCUUUCAUCCGUACUUGUUACUUCUUCACCCUUGUAAUUUUUAUAUUGAGAAUAUUUCUUAAACCCUGUAUUGUGAAAUUUGAUCCUGCGUUGUUGCAUUUUAAGCCUUUUUAGACUUUCUUCACUACCUCAUUUAUGCUAUGAAAUCCUCAAGAGCUUUUGACAUAUAGUGUAAGAAAGAUUAAAUGUUUUAAACUGUGAUUCCCAGUAGGAAGAAGAAAAACCAGUAAAUGUUUGCUUUAAAUAAAAUUUAUUUACAAAGUCUCAUAGUAUUUGCUUCCCAGCUUAUAGCUUUGCCUUGGAAUGCAUUUUAUCCAUUACAGUUUGAAGAUAUAAUGGACACAUGGCUACAGAUCUAAAUAAAAACAACCCCUGAAUUUUAUAUUAUGUU